AUGCGAUGCGCGAGCAAGGCCGCCGAGAGAGCGUCCGCACGUCUCUGUGCGGACGCCGAAGCAGAAACCGCAGCCAGUAAUGUCUCAUCGGUUGCUGAAGCGACUCAGCCUGUGUCACUUGGUGAUGCAGGCGCUGGUCAUGAAGACACUCAUGUCUUCACAGAGUAUGAGCUCGGUGUCUCAUACUCUCCUGAUACGGAAGACGGAUCCGUAUCGACGGCGAUCGAAUCCAAGCCGCCUGCCAAGCGUGGCAUGGACGAUGCUUUUACGUCGCAGCAUCUUUGGUUCAUCUGA